AUGAGUCUCUCAGGGUCAUGUGAGGAAGGUGUUUCUGCCUCUAAAAAGAGUCUGUCUGAGGAGACCUAUGAAGCUGAGAGUGUUCACCAGGAGAGAUCAGACUCACCUGUACCCAGCUGUGUGUCCAUGAAGAGUGACCGCUCUCAAGAUCAACCACCAAAAUUCAGAGAGAGAGAUUUACCUGAUGAAGAAAGUACACAGCUGGACAGAUCAGACUCACCUGUACUCAGCUGUGUUUCCAUGAAGAGUGACUGGUCUAAAGGAAAACCACCCAACAUCAGAGAAGGAGGUUUGACUGAUGAAGAGAGCUGCAGCUGUUCACUCAUUGCUUUGUUUCAGACUUUUACUAAAAGGAGGAAAAAGAUCAGAGGAAAACAGACUGAGAGUGUAGUGUCUGUGUUAAAGGCUGAAGAGGUCAGAGUGAGUCAUGUGAAAAGCCUGAUCUCAGUGUUUGAGUUGGGCUUUGACCUUUAUGGGACUCAGAAUCAGCAGAGGAGAUCAAACUCACUGAUUUCCAGCUAUGUGUCUAUGAAGAGCGAUGGGUCUAAGGAGAGCAUGCCACUUUACUUUGGUGAGGGAGAUCCCUCCAGAGAACAAAGUGUCCAAAGAGAGGAAACACAGUCAGAGAAUCCCCAUAUUCAGUCUGUCCAGAGUCGUGUUAACAACCUGAUCUCCAUAUUUGAGGUCUUGGAAAACAAAAUUGUCAUCUUUGUGAAGAACGAACUGAAAAGACUGAAGAAACUUCUGACUGAGGAAAUGUCAGAAUGUUUUGGGGGUCUGAAGGAGGAUGAGACCAGUGCCAGAGAGGGAGUUCUGAAGAUUACACUGAACUUCCUGAGGAAGAUGAACCACAAUGACCUCGCUGCCACACUGACAAAAAAUGACUGGAUUGUAACUGCUCAGAGUAAACUGAAAUCAAGUCUGAGGAAGAAGUAUCAGUGUUUAUUUGAAGGAAUAGCAAAACAAGGAAACCCCACCCUCCUCAAUAAGAUCUACACAGAGCUUUACAUCACAGAGGGUGAGUGUGGAGAGGUCAAUAGUGAACAUGAGGUCAGACAGAUUGAGACAGCAUCCAGAAGAACAGAAACACCAGAGACACCAAUACAAUGCAAUGACAUCUUUAAACCCUUACCUGGACAAGACAAACCCAUCAGAACUGUGCUGACAAAGGGAGUUGCUGGCAUUGGAAAAACAGUCUCUGUGCAGAAGUUCAUUCUGGACUGGGCUGAAGGAAAAGCCAAUCAAGAUAUCAAGUUCAUAUUUCCACUUCCAUUUCGGGAGCUGAAUUUGAUGGAGGGAAAAUACAGUUUGGUGGACAUUCUCUAUCACUUUUUUCCAGAGACAAGGGGACUAAAAUUUACCAAUAAUGACAAAUAUAAAAUCAUGUUCAUCUUUGAUGGAUUGGAUGAAUGUCGAUUUCAACUGGACUUUGAGACAAAUGAGAUGCUUUGUAGUGUAGCAGAACCUACUUCAGUGGAUGUCCUACUGACAAACCUCAUUAAGGGGAAUUUACAACCAUCCACUCUCAUCUGGAUAACCUCUCGACCGGUGGCAAGCAACCUCAUUCCACCUAGGUGUGUUGACCAGGUAACUGAGGUAAGAGGGUUUAAUGACCAACAAAGGGGAGAAUACUUUAGGAAGAGAAUCAGUGAUCAGAAUCUCACCAGCAGAAUCAUCACACACAUCAAGUCAUCAAGGAGCCUCUACAUCAUGUGCCACAUACCAGUCUUCUGCUGGAUUUCAGCCACUGUUCUGGAGAGAAUGUUGAGUGAAGCAGAGAGUGGAGAGAUCCCAAAGACUCUGACUCAAAUGUACACACACUUCCUGAUCUUUCAGAUCAAACAGAGGAAUGAAAAGUAUGAAGGACAUUAUGAUAUGCAUCCACAUUGGAAUAAAGAGAACAUUUUAUCACUGGGAAAACUGGCUUUUCAACAGCUGGAAAAAGGCAACCUGAUCUUCUAUGAGGAAGACCUGAGACAAUGUGGCAUUGAUGUCAGAGAAGCAUUUGUGUACUCAGGAGUCUGCACCCAGAUCUUUAGAGAGGAGUCUGGACUGUUUUAUGGGACUGUGUACUGCUUUGUUCAUCUGAGUGUUCAAGAGUUUCUGGCAGCUUUAUAUGCAUAUAUGUAUUUUUGCAACAGCAGGAAAAAUCUUCUUGCUCAGGAGCAAACACUACUGGAUGAAACAAUUGAAACAGUGAGUGGUUUGCUCAAAAGUGCAGUGGACCAGGCCUUACAGAGUGAGAAUGGACACCUGGACCUUUUCCUCCGCUUCCUUCUGGGUCUCUCACUGGAGUCCAAUCAGACAGUCUUACGAGGCCUACUGACACAGUCAGUGAACGACUCGCAGAGCAAAGAGGAAGCCAUAAAGUACAUCAAGGAGAAGAUCAGGGAGUGUCCAUCCUCAGAGAGAUCCAUCAAUCUGUUCCAUUGUCUGAAUGAACUGAAUGACCAUUCACUAGUGGAGGAGAUCCAAAGCUACCUGAGGUCAGGGAGUCUCUCCAGAGCUGAACUCUCUCCUGCUCAGUGGUCAGCUCUAGUCUUUGUGCUACUGACAUCAGAGGAGGAGCUGGAUGUGUUUGACCUGAAGAAGUUCAUCAGAUCAGAUGAAUGUCUUCUGAGGCUUCUGCCAGUGGUCAAAGCCUCCAGAGCAGCUCUGCUCAACAUAUGUGACCUCACAGAGAAAAGCUGUUCUGCUCUAGUCACAGUUCUCAGCUCAAAGUCCAGUCUGAGAGAACUAGACCUGAGUAACAAUGAACUGAAGAGUUCUGGAGUGAAGAUAUUGUCUGUUGGACUGGAGAAUCCACAUUGUAAACUGGAGAUACUGAGACUUGCAAACUGUGAAGUGACAGAGGAAGGAUAUGCUGCUCUGGCUUCAGCUCUGAGAUCAAACCCCUCACACCUGAGAGAGCUGGAUCUCAGAGGGAAUGAUCCUGGAGAUUCAGGAGUGAAGCUGUUCACUAAUUUAUUAGAGGAUCCGCACUACAAACUGGACACACUGAGUCUUUCUGACUGUAAUAUAACAGAGGAAGGAUAUGCUGUUCUGGCCUCAGCUCUGAGAUCAAACCCCUCACACCUGACAGAACUGGAUCUCAGAGGGAAUGACCCAGGAGACUCGGGAGUGAAGUUGCUCUCUGAUUUACUGGAGGAUCCACAGUGUAAACUGGAGACACUGAGGCUUCAAGACUGUAAUAUAACAGAGGAAGGAUAUGCUGCUCUAGCGUCUGCCAUGAGAUCAAACCCCUCACACCUCAGAGAGCUGGAUCUUAGAGGGAAUGACCCUGGAGACUCAGGAGUGAAGCUGCUCUGUGACUUACAAGAGGAUCCACACUGCAAACUGGAAACAGUGAGACUUUCAGACUGUAAUAUAACAGAGGAAGGAUAUGCUGCUCUGGCUUCAGCUCUGAGAUCAAACCCCUCACACCUGAGAGAGCUGGAUCUCAGAGGGAAUGAUCCUGGAGACUCGGGAGUGGCACUGCUCUAUGAUUUACUUGGGAAUCCACACUGUAAACUAGAGAAACUGAGUCUGUAUAACUGCCAUAUAACACAGAAAGGCUUUGCUGCUCUUGCCUCAGCACUGAGAUCAAACCCCUCACACCUGAGAGAGCUGAAUCUCAGCUACAGUAAACCAGGGGGCUCAGGAGUGAAGCUGCUCUCUGCUCUACUGGAAAAUCCACAUUGUAAACUGGAGACACUAAAUCUGUAUAACUGCAGUAUAACAGAGGAGGGCUGUGUUGCUCUGACAUCAGCUCUGAGUGUAAAUCCCUCACACCUGCGAGAGCUUGAUCUGAGUUAUAAUGAACCAGGAGACUCAGGAGUGAAGAUGCUCUCUGUUAUGCUAAAGAAUCCACUCUGUAAACUGCAGACACUCAAUCUUUUUAACUGCAGUAUAACAGAGGAGGGCUGUGUCGCUCUGACAUCAGCUCUGAGUGAAAAUCCCUCACACCUGCAAGAGCUUGAUCUGAGUUAUAAUAAACCAGGAGACUCAGGAGUGAAGAUGCUUUCUGUUAUGUUAAAGAAUCCACUCUGUAAACUGGAGACACUUAAUCUGUGUAAGUGUAGUAUAACAGAGGAAGGCUGUGCUGUCCUGGCUUCAGCUCUGAGUUAUAACCCUUCACACCUGACUGAGCUGGAUCUGAGUUGUAAUGCGUUUGCGGACUCAGGAUCAAAGCUGCUCUCUGUUGUUCUGAAAAAUACACGCUGUAAACUGAGAAAGAUAAUGCUGAGGUCCUGCAGUAUAACAGAGGAGGGCUGUGUCGCUCUGACAUCAGCUCUGAGUGAAAAUCCCUCACACUUGAGAGAACUUAAUCUGAGUUAUAAUAAACCAGGAGACUCAGGAGUGAAGAUGCUCUCUGUUAUACUAAAGAAUCCACUCUGUCAACUGGAGACACUCAAGCUGAGGUCCUGCAGUAUAACAGAGGAGGGCUGUGUCGCUCUGACAUCAGCACUGAAUGAAAAUCCCUCACACCUGCGAGAGCUUGAUCUGAGUUAUAAUGAACCAGGAGACUCAGGAGUGAAGAUGAUCUCUGUUAUGUUAAAGAAUCCGCUCUGUCAACUACAGACACUUAAGUGA